UAAAAGUGAAUGUCAUUCCUUUCACACGUUUGCAACAUAUUAAGUGAUAGAUUCUCAAGUGUAUAUCACAUACUAUAUAUAAGGCUUCGAAUCUUCUAUGGUCUGAAAUCGGGUCCACAUUUUCUUAUCUUGUUUAUACACCAUACAUGCAUACACCCACAACACCAUCUUCCAUCUUUUGUUAUUUUUUUCAAAAACAAACUUUUAUCCAAAAUCUCAAACAUGGCAACUACAACCAACAUCAAGUGCGGGACACCUCUCUAUGCCCAUCUCCAAGGAACCCCAAACCAAAAAAACCGCUUAACUGCGGCGGUGACAGUAGCCAGGGGAGUGAGAUGGCAAAAGGGUACUCAUAUACAAGUUAAGAGAAAUGGAGUGGUGAGAUGUGGCAUAGGAUUAGGAGAUUUCAUUGGAGGAGACUUGGUGAAACCCGAUUUGGGGCGUUGGCUUUCGGACGUGGAAGAACACAAGGCUUUAGCUAUUUACUCUCCUCAUGAAGGAGGCUAUGAAGGAAGAUACCUUAAUCGUCUCAUUUACAAAGGCUACUACUUUCUUGACCUUUCAGCUCGUGGCUUAGGUGAUCCAGAGACCACACUUACCAAGAUUCACCCUGUUUGCCCAGCUCAUUUAGGGAAGCAACCUAUAGCAAGGUGGUAUUUUCCACCAGAGGUUGAUUACAGACUCGAAGCAUUGCCUCCUGAUGCCAAAGGAUUGGUGGUGUGGAUUAUUGAAGCCAAGGUUUUGUCAAAGGCAGAACUGCAAUUUUUAGCAUUGCUUCCAUCUCUACGACCAAAAGUUAGGGUCAUUGCAGAAUGUGGAAACUGGCGUAAGUUCAUGUGGAAGCCACUCAAAGAAAUUGCGGGACUAACUGAAAGUGAGGACUGAGUUGGAACAACAACAAUAAGCAAGCCUACACAGCAUUCUUGAAUUUCAAAUACAUUUCAAAAUUGUAUAUUCAUAGUUCUCAUCAAUAAUUUGACCAUUAAAUUUGUUA